UUGCUUUGACAGAGAAGAGCACUUUCAUUCAUUGACAAGAUGCUUUCAGUGUUCUUUGCUGUUUUGUUGCUCCCUUCUAUCUUCGACGUCGUUCUGUCCUCUAACUUUUCUUUCCGUAUUGAAAGCUGUAACGCUACCGAAGUUCCUCAAAGCCAAGUAGUUGGGGAUUAUAGCUACGGCGGGACCCCUAGUGUACCUCUAUGCCCACUAAGCUCUAGCUCUUCUGAUAUUAGUAUUCGUUGGAUUUAUGAUCUUAACGGGAAUGCGAGUGUCUUUUCUAAUCAGUCCUUCUCUCCCGACCAGAUUUGUGUCGGUACCGAGGUCGGUACUGACCAAACGAAGCUCUUCUUCUUGAAUAGUUUCGUCUCUAAUCGUGGUAAUAGUGUAGGAAGUCUCUCCCUUCUAGUAAAUGGGACUUAUACUCUGAAUGUGCAAGAUGCUCCAAAGGGAAUAUUUCUGAUUGAGCCUUCGAAUAAUUCCGUAUCCCUUGAUGAAGGACAAUCCUAUUCAGCCGAUUUCAUUUUUUUGACUUAUUUUGGACUAUCAAAAGCUGGACAAUUAGAAGAAGUUAUGGAACCAAAUCUUUAUAAAGUGUCGGCUAGCGGUGAUUUUCGUCUUGUCCCAUCUAGUAAUAUUGGGGUUUCUAUCAAUAGGUUUAUUGAUAUUAAUAGCUAUUGUGCUCCUAGUAUGAUGAGCACCCCUGUUCCAAAGCCAGUUCGUGUUCUCAUCAGAAAUCCUGGUGUAUCUGAUUCCGGCACCUACGCUAUGAUUGUUAAUAUCAGUGGAGUUAACUAUACAACCAACUUCACUAUUAAUGUCUCCCCAUUAACAACAACGAUUUCUCCCUCCCCCACUACAACUGACUCUACUAUCACACCAUCAUCAGCUGUCAGCACUAGUGACAGUUCUCUUACUAUUUCCACUACUGGCUCUAGUGUUUCUCCAUCUGUGGAUACUACCAUAACUCUGUCUCCUGUACCAACUGAUGAUACUUCUGGCAUCAGCUUGGUCGUUUAUGUAUUUUGUGCUGUGCUUGGUCUUCUUGGGGUUGCUGUUUUAAUAAUAUUUGUGAUAGUAGUAGCAUUUUGUUACAGAAAGUUAAAAAAUGGAAGAGUUUCAGAGACCCUACCAUCCAACGUGCAAUUACUUGGAGAUGAUGAAGUCAAAAUAGGAGGUAUACCACUGAUAGCCGAGUCCGGCAGAACUGAUAGCAAUAGUUCAACUAAACCCCUUGUAGUUACAUCACAGCCUCAUGGUAGCAGACCAUCUUCUACAUCAAGCACACCAAGUACAACAAAACAGGAAGACUAUACUGCCGUUUACUGUGGUGAAAGGCAUACUCACAUUGGGAGUACGUGGAAAGAAAAGUAUGGCAACAAAUGUGUUUUAUUACACAGUGAUGACGAGAUACUAGAGUCUCUUGAGAACCCAUCGUGUCAUGAAAUAUUUGUGCACGCUGAUCCUCAAGACCCUGUCGCUAAAGCAAUCAUGAGCAGAGGAAGCCCAAAAGGCAGGGAGAAGUUAAAGUGGUGGCACAUCGUUGAACAUGAUAAAACUCCAGAUCACUUGAUUGAAGCUGAAGGUUUUAAGAUAGUUCAAGUGGAAGGAGACCCUAAUGAUAUCUCAACGUUACAGCGAGGAAUGUUAAAGACUGACAAUCCGACUUUAAAUCACACCAAUGGAGCAUUAUACGAGAAUCAUACUCCUAAUGGACAUACUAUUAGUAAUCCUAGUGCAUCAUAUCUUGAAGAUACCGAUUCAGAGAAGAAAAAACCGAAGGAGGAGAUUGAUGGUGCCACAUUAAAGGAGCUUCUUAAAGAGACAAAGAAAACAAAUCAGAUUCUAGAUGUAAUUAGUAAAAAUACAGGGAAAACGGCUGAAAACACUAACCAAAUUGCUGCUACUGAGAGCGCACAGCUUGAUCUUCAACAAAUGGCUCAGGUCGUGGACGAAGCUCAAGUGGGAAUUAAUGAAGCCUCUGUGUAGAGAGAUACUUCCAUUCACAUGCAUAAACACACAUUUCACAUGCAUACACAUAGCAAUAUCCAAUCUCCUUUACUCUUCCUACUGCCCUCUCUCUAUACAUGAUUUAGUCUGAUGUUAUUGUCUCUGUCUCUCUUCCUCUCUCAUAAAUCUAUGACAUUAGUAAUCCGACAGGUACUUAUUGUCACUCAUUCAUGCACACUAUCAUUUUCAUCCCAGUUUUUAUUAUUAUUAUUAUUAUUAUUAUUAUUAUUAUUAUUAUUAUUAUUACCAUAUUAAUGUUGGUAAUACUCUUGCUAAAUUAUUAUUGAAAAUUACUGAUCAUCUGGA